AUGCACCCGUGGGUGGUGCAGGGGACCGGCGCAACGCCGACGACGGGUGUCGUGCCGCCGCCGCCUGCCCACCCGCGAGUUUCAAAAAACAGUGUGCUGCCGAAUGGUUCAUGUACGGUCGUACGUCCGUUGGUCUCGGUUCGAUCCGCUGUAGUGAUUGCCGCAUGGUCACUCGUAUCGCCGACGCCGUAUAGAGAUUUAAUCUUAAAAAUCGCAGAGAUGUUUUGUCCGUUCAGCUCCGGACGUCCCGGUUCAGCGGCUCCUCCGAGAGCAAACGUAACGCAGACUGAACAACAACGACCUUUGAAUCUGAAGCAUCUCAGCGCAGCUGUCAGAACUCUUACUUCGCCACCGAACGAUGUGAUUUAUUCGGCUUUCAAGUCCAUAGUCGAACAAACCGAAUGUCCGGCGUACAGUAAAAUACUGUGA